CAUCACCGUUAGUUAUCCUCAGUUGCCUGGUCCUUUUGAAAGCUUAAUGCCCGGCACUAAAUGAGUGUCGCUUGCUUCUGCCAUAGUUUGGCGAUGCGACACGCUUUCACUUAAGUAUAUCUAUUCAUCUUUAGGAGUUCUCCCCCUCCCCCCCAACUCCGAUGCCUACGUCCCCUCGGCAUCUAUGGAUCACCGCGGCUCCUUUUUCUUCUUCCUGUUCGUCUUCUAUCUUCUCCUGAGCUCGCAGACUCGUUCGCCCUUGAUUUCUCAAGAUGGAGAGCACCAGCGGGAACUGGAAAAGGAGCGAAAUGCGCUUCGCAUGCUGAACGAGACUCAGUAUGGAGAUUUCGACCCGCGAGCGGACAAAUGGUUGCCUUUUCCCGGCGUCCGGAAGAACGACAGUUAUGCCUGGGAUCUUCUCCCCGAUGUCCAGGACAGAGCCCGGUCUCAGCUGCGGUCUGCCAUGUCCGAGGCAGGCUUUCGGCCGCCUAAGUCCCUUGCGGUCCCUGACGCGCUCGCGGAUCUCAACCUAACGCAGCUCAUGCUUCCUGUCUACCGCAAUACGACAGGCAAGCUGCGCGGCGAAUGGGUGCGCCGCAAGCAGGACAAGCCUCAUGCUCCGCUCAACAAGACCGCUAUCAUCUCAGAAAAUGAUUACUUCACGCACGAAUUCAGCCAGAAUAUCACUGGGAACAGUGGCACUUUCUAUCUGGAUGUACGUGAAGGGGGUGGGGAAGAGCUUCGGUCGCCUCAAGGCCACGUCCGAGAGAUCCGCGCCACGUUAGCUGUGGAAAGUGGAGAGUCUUGGGGAAACACUUGGUACCUCUCACUGAUCGGUAUACACUUUCCAGAGACUGGAGGGGCCAUCAUGAGUACCACUAGCGAGAAGUUCGGAGGUCUCCUCACUUUGCCGCAUCUCACGCUUUCGCCCGAUGCAUACAAUCUCACUCAUGACCUUCUCAUCAAGUCCUUGUCGGAUACCAUUUCCGAAAAGCAGAAUCGGCCUCCUACCCUUUUCCCCUGGUCCUCAUUGGCCGGUAGUGAGCAUAUGGAGUUUCCCGCGCCGCGGUGCGAACACAUUGUUUACCUGCAGCAGCACCCACUGGCAAUCCAGGGAUAUCUAGCGGAUAAAGCAGUUAUCGAGCAGAUAGAGCAGGAACUGAGAUAUCCCAUCGGGGCACCGAUCCCGACACCUCCCCUGAUGGUCAUGUCGGCCGUUGUGUUCUCUCCUGACUGUGGAUACAUUCUAGAAACCAAGGGCGCACCCGAAUUCCCUCCCACGGAGACGUUGUACCUAUCAGGGCCAAAGAUAGAGGAAUUCGGAAAGUACUCUGCUCGCAUGAUCUUCGUGAUGUCGGCCGUCUCCGUCGCUCAGAUCGCGUUGCUGUUGAGACAAGUAAAGGAGGCUUCCACACCUUCCACGAGGAGCCGUAUCAGUUUCUAUACGAUAGCUUUGAUGGCAUUCGGAGAUUCAUUUGUGCUUGUCUUCAUUUUGUUGGAGCUCUAUUCGGUGAUAUCCUUUCUGGUGAUGACGACGGCCUCCUUCCUGACCUUCCUUUCCGUCAGUUACGUUGGGAUGAAGUUCAUGAUGGAGAUCUGGGCCAUUCAAGCCCCGGAGCGAAGAGAGCAAGAGCAGCGGCGACCGCCGACAACUGCGCGUUCAGCGAAUCUGCCACUUCCUGCUACGGCGGCCCAGGUCAGAGACUCGGGCGCAACUCCGAUUAUAUUGCCGCCAGACCAAGAUGCUCCCGCUGACGAAGACGCGCCAGCCGCAAACCGUGGUGCCCCACAGACAGCGCGGGACGCUCGAAGUGACAUGGGAGCCAUGUAUGCACGAUUCUACUUCAUUCUGUUUGUAAUGCUUAUCAUUUCGAUCUGGGCAUUUCUCUGGCCGAACCGACUCGGAGCAAUCUACGCUCGAAUUCUUGGGUUCAUUUAUCUAUCUUUCUGGACGCCACAGAUCUAUCGCAACAUUAUGCGUAACUGUCGCAAAGCACUGCGGUGGGAUUUUGUGGUCGGCCAGAGCUGCCUCCGCCUGUUUCCUUUUCUCUACUUCCUCACCGCCCGUGGAAACGUGCUCUUCAUCCGACCGGACGCGACGACGGCUCUCUCUAUGAUAGGGUGGGUCUGGAUUCAGGUCUGGAUCCUGGCUAGUCAGGACAUCCUGGGCCCGCGCUUUUUCGUUCCCCGCGGAUGGGUACCCCCAGCGUACGACUAUCACCCAACUCUGCGCGAUAGUGCCGGAUCCGGCGACGAUCUGGAGUCCGGCAGCGUGCUACCCAUCGGGGCGCUGCGGGCCGACGAACGCGAAUACCCCAGCGAAUCGAAGGACGACGACAAACACCGACCCCGAGACAAGAAGAAGGCGGUUUUCGACUGCGCGAUUUGCAUGCAGGAGAUUGAGGUGCCCGUUCUGCUCACGGGUGGGGCAGGCAGUAGCAGCAUGGCCGACGGCGCCACGAGCAUCCUCAGUCGGCGCACGUACAUGGUCACUCCCUGCCGUCAUAUCUUCCACAGCACAUGCCUCGAGAGUUGGAUGCGUCUUAGACUCCAAUGCCCGAUCUGUCGCGAGUCCAUUCCCCCGGUGUAGCCGGAUGUAUAUUAGCAAUUAUGUGUGUCAUUAGCUUAUACCGCACGUAUGAUAGACGCAGACUAU